GCUCGCCUGCCCCGCUCCUCAGCCCCCCUCUCUGUGAAAUUAGCGAAUACUGCAGCAAGAAGUGAGUGUGUGCGUGAGUGUGUCACGAUCAAGAGGAGCCAACAAGCGGGGAUUAACAUUUAAAGAAGAACUCUCACCUGGCUGGCGACAGAGAUGGCAGCCAUCCGGAAGAAGCUGGUGAUUGUCGGGGACGGAGCUUGUGGGAAAACAUGUCUUCUCAUUGUUUUCAGUAAAGACCAGUUUCCUGAAGUCUACGUCCCGACAGUGUUUGAGAACUACAUCGCUGACAUCGAGGUCGAUUGUAAAAAGGUGGAGUUGGCGCUGUGGGAUACUGCAGGCCAGGAGGACUACGACAGGUUGAGGCCUCUCUCCUACCCUGACACAGACGUCAUCCUCAUGUGCUUCUCCAUCGACAGCCCCGACAGUUUAGAAAAUAUCCCUGAGAAGUGGACGCCCGAGGUGAAGCACUUCUGUCCCAACGUCCCCAUCAUCCUAGUGGGGAACAAGAAGGACCUGAGGAACGAUGAGCACACGCGGAGAGAGCUGGCUAAGAUGAAGCAGGAGCCGGUGAAACCAGAAGAAGGCAGAGAAAUGGCCAACAGGAUCAGUGCCUUCGGUUACUUGGAGUGCUCUGCGAAGACCAAGGACGGCGUGAGGGAGGUGUUUGAAAUGGCCACUAGAGCGGCGCUGGAGGCCCCCAAGAAAAAGAAGAAAGGCCUUUGCACACUGCUGUGAGCUGCCUUCAAAUCAAAACCAACCGACCAAUAGGAGAAGAACAGAAGUGAUGGAAAGGACUGACCUUCUACCAAACUACAUUUUGUACUGUAUGUUGCAUUUCACGAUAACGGUCAGGUGGUUAAAUGGAUUGCAAACAAGAUGAUUUUGUCUAUAUUACAUUAUUUGUUAGAAAUUUACGUUUUCUGUCUUCACACACAGAAUGUUUUCCUACUUGUUUUUCUUUAUACUUGUGAUGCUUUGAGGAGUUAAACAUGCACAUAUUUGUAUGCAAUAUUAUUGUUCACGAGCAGCAUUUUACUGGGCUUGUAUGAAGUACUCAUGAUUGUCCAACAGUCCAGGUUGUCGUCUAAGUAUCAACUCUGCUCAUUAUGCUAGCAGCCGUCAUAAUGGAAAAUGAAAGUUGUUUUUUUAGGUUUUACACCACAGUCCUCUAGUGUCGCCUGUUAGCUUACAUUUGAGCUAUAGACUAUUUGUCAUAUUGUGCCUCAUUGUACACAGGAAUGUUGUCAUUGUGAAACCUGAGCAGACAUAACUUAGGCUUUCAAUGCUGAUGAAAACUAUUCAAGCACAACAAAUGGUUGCUUAUUUUUAAGAUGUUCUAAUAAAGCAACAACCUUCAGUGUCGAAAAGUGAGGCCACUGCAGUUCCUCAAGUGUCCACUUGAGGCUUUCUCCAAAAGCCAAGGAUUCCCCAUUAGGUCAGUGGAAAUAAACAUGUUUACAGCCUGGUACAAAAAAUGUUUUUGUCUCUAUAACUAAUUUCUUUACUGGUAUAAAAUGUACAAAGGGUGUUUUUUUCUUAUCAUUGUUCUACUUUCAUUUCAUAUUAGGAGGAAGAGUUUGAAGAGAUUGUGACUGACAAGCAGGUGCAUUGUAGCUGUUCGCUGAAAUGCUGAAGACCCGUCUCACUCCACCUCUUUAUCUGUUUCUAUAUCGAUCAAAAGUUAGGUAGAGUUAGCAUUUCUAAUACAGCAAGCAGAAUCGCUUGGCUUCAGAGUGCUUCUUCAGAAACCAAUGGGUGACAUCACUGAGGCUGCGCCCAUGUUUUAUACAGCUUUAUAUAGUUCCUAUGUCUUUUUUUUUUCUUUGUGAUUCUGUUUCUGAUAGACUUGAGUAAUACCCAAUACAGAGAACCAGUGUGAUACAAGACUUAUGUAUCAUUGCUGGAAAAUCACAAGCUCAAUUUCUCACAAGUCUAAGUCAAGUUUAUGAAGUAGACCAGGAUGGGUGGGUGGAUCAGAACUGGCUAACAAAGACAAAACAGAACUUUGCUCAAAGGCUGUAAGGACCAACAUGGAGAUGACACGGCUGAAGCAGAAAUCACAUGAAGGCUAAGGUUCCUGUUUGUUUAUUGUGAAUGACACGAGUUCGGCUUCUGCUACAGCAGAGAAGACGCUGUAGGAAUCGGUUUGUGUCAGACAGGUUCGCCCGGUCUUUGAAAUCACGUCUUGUUAAAGAAUUUGCGUGAAGGUGAAAUUUCCCGUCAGGUGACAUUCUUUACAUGUUUUAGAGGAGCUGGGUCGUGUGUGAGGAGUUUGUUUUUCACCCCGUCUGCUCUGUUGUGCCUUCUUUAGUUGCUCUCUCCCAGACCAGAUGGACCAGUUGCCAUAUUGAACCCCAGUGACCUUUCUGGAAUGUUUAACUAAUCUCGCCUCAAAAACAAGACGACGAUUAGGCCUACACAAAUUAUGUCAAACGUUUCCUAAAAUUUCAGCCAGCAUAAGCUACAUAUAGAAAUAAACCCAUAACUUUAGUCUCCUUUUUAUUAUCCUGGCAGUUAAAAGAAGGUUACACCAGCAUAUGUCAUGUACUUCAGCAUCAAGAAUGAAUAAUGGCAAAAUGACUUUUAAUAUCACAUAUUUCCUAAAUAUAACUGGGAAAACAUCUGUCUGCAGCCAUAAUAUCUUUGAUGUUUUAUUUAAAGUUGUGUAUUCAUGCCAAAAUAGUUUGUUUUGUAAGAACUUUGGAAAGAUGAAAAUUUGAUACAUUUGUCUGACUUUAUCCUGAUCUUUGUUUCUUCUCAUCUUUACUUGUUGGCAAGACAUAUUUGGUUUUUGAAAGUAAAGAAGCCGCAGAUGAUUCAGGUCUUGAACUGUACUUGAGCAGCUUUUAGGGGCAUGUCAGAGAUGUGGUUCUCCUUUGUUCACAAACAUUAUAAGAGACUGGAAAAGGGCUAUCUUUGCUAUUCUGAUUGUAAAACAAAGAUGAAGAGAUGAACAUCAAAAGCUCCUGCAAGGAACUUUCGGUUUGUGUCAACUUUGGCGCCCCCCUGUGGACAAAGUGCUAUCUCUUAUCUCUGCUAAUUUUGUCCUGUACAUGUGUUAAGUGGUGCUUUUUUAUCAUCCUGAUUUCUUUUAACAGUCAAAUGUAUCACUUAUAUAUUUGCUGUUGAAAAUGUUAUUAAAGGCUGUUUCAGCAUC